AUCGCCUAGCAACCUACCAAGUCUUUUUUAAAUACUUUCCCAUUAGCUUUAUAAACUCCUCAACCUUUACCUCUUUCUUCACAAGUAUACCAGCUAUAUCUAGAAAGUUAAAAUGUUUUACUACCCAAAUGUCCUCCAUCAUCACACUGGAUGUUUUUCUACAAUUUGGUUGGCAGCCACCAGAGGUAUCAAGGUCACUCGCAGAGAACUUCUCAGAGUCAAUGUCAACAGAACAUGCGGGGACAUUUUGGACUAUGUGACAGCUCAGGUUCCUGCACCGCAACCCAACCUACCGAGGCCUCGGUUCUCUCUCUACCUGUCCUCUCAGCUGCAGUAUGGAGUGGUUGUAGUCUACCACAGGCAGUGUGGCAUCCUGCUCGAGGAGAUUCAACAGACCAUCGACCGCCUGCUGCGCUCUAAAAGAUGCAUCUAUAUUGACAUGGCUUUAUCUGACAGGUUGGCUUUGGAUGUGCCUGACAGCCUGUUCAUGAUGGAGCAGGCUGAGGGAGCUCAGGACCCCUUCUUCGGUCUCAUGGCGUCACACCAACUGCCCAGCCCCUAUAAAAUGCACCAGCCAAUGUCGGUGAUUGAGGAGGCAGGUUCACAGCACUCCCUGGUGCCCAUUCCCCACACCGCACUUGACAUGGAGGGUUUCCGGUCGCCUCCGGCUGCCAUCUCCCUGAGAGAGAAGGAGCAGUUCGUCGUGACCGCUGCUGAGUGUUUUGAUGGAAAUGACCUUCCUGAAGCCACAGACAGAGAGAUUGACCUGUUGAUGGAUCAACCAGACCACUUCCGUAGAGACGUGGAUGAGCAGCAGACAGACGAGAGGACCAGGGACCGCGAAGGAGCCAUGUCCUCCAUUGACCAGCUGAAGGAGACAGUGCUGGGAGCAGAGCGGGACAGCGUGUGGCUGUUCGACGAGGAGACGGGUCACCCUGCGGAGGUCCCUCUGGCUGCUCUUGCCCAAGAGAUGACCCCGCUGCAGGUUGCCAUGCCAACUCCACCCUCCGGGGCAUCUGGAGACAGAGAAACAGAAAGUUACAAAGAAGAGGUGGUUGCUCCUCCUCUCAAGAAGCGCCGUGGAAGUCGCAGGCGUCAGCUGGUCUUUGCAGACCCUCAGGUCCAGAUAUCUGAGAGAGCGAUGAAGGAACAGAUUGUGAACCCGCAGGCUGAGACACUGAAACUGUCCGACUUCCUGCUGGACUUGACCUCCUUGACCAAGCGUGGCACUCCUGCUCAGCUCUUGGCUGUCCCCUGUGGAUCCCUCAUCCACGCCGACCUCCAGUCUCUAUGGAAACAGUGUGCCUCCAUCACCGUCCUGCAUGGACAUGGGGACAAACAGACGUGGGAGGAGGAGGAAGAAGAGGAGGCGAGAGGGGAGUCAGAGCAGGACAGAGAAAUACUGAGGACAGAGAGGAAGAGGAGGCUCUCAAGCAUGCGGGAGAUAUCCGGUGAGUCAGGACUGCAACCCGCAGAGGGCUCGUCUGCAGCAGAUGUGAUUCUGGACAUGUCCAAAGAGGACAGAUCCAUGAGCGAUGUGAUCACUCCUGUCAGCAGAUGGUCUCCACAAGAGGAGGCCCAGCUCCGAAUGGACCCUAUAGCGGAGGAGAACAUCGAGAUGCCUGAGGCUCAGGCUGACACAGAGGGCAACAUCAUACUGAGCUGGAUCUCCUCCGGCCUGCAGAGGUUUGGAGCAGUCACCUUUGACUCUCUGGUGCCGCCAGAGGGCGACCGCACCGCUGCAGCUCACACGCUCUACCAGCUGCUGGAGCUGCUGUCUGCUCAGCACGUGACUGUACAACAGACCGAACCUUACAGUGACAUCACCAUAAAGCCUGCAGCGCUAACUCACACUAAAGUCCCAAAGAGUUACAGUUCAUAAUAAUUUUUUUAUCGAUGAAUAUAAUGAAUGAAUUUGGCUUUUAGUCACUCUCAUAUCUUUCAUUGUAAAAAAAAAAAAAAACAGAUCCCACAGGUUAAAUGUUUUUAUAUGAAUUGUGAAUUACUCAGAAGUUUGAAACAUUGAACUGCAUUACUUUUACCAGUGUUUUAGAGAAGAUUUUUAACCAUUUUAAUCCGGUUCUAAUUCGUUUAUAUGGUUGCAUUUUUGUAAUAUUUUUACCCACUGUUUUUUAGUGUUACAUAAUUGAAUUUUACAUACAGUUAUUGACGUUUUUUAACAUCUGGACCUGUUAUAUUUAAUACAGUUUGUAUCUUCUGUAUGGAUUUUAAGCCUUAUAAUGGUUUUAAAUAAGAUUUUUAUGCUUGUGUUUGUAUCUGCCGUGUGCAUUUUUAUCCAUUUGAAUUAUUUUAACUUAAACUUUUAAUAAAAUGUUUUUGCUCAGUA